GUCUCCUUAGUCUGUGGUAACGCUGUGUGCGUAUCAAAUCUUGGAUUCCGUUGAAUGAUACUUUGCCACGUUAUAUUUAGUGAUAUUGUUUAAUUUGAUUUAUAUUUGGAAUGUUUCAAAACGUUUUAAUGGCGGUAACACCGUUGAGUGAAACAAAGGAGAUUAAUAGCUGGGAAAACCGACCAUUCGUACACAGUUGGCCAGAGUCAAGUCGUCAAAAGAAGAUUAAUAAAGAUACAGGAACAAGAACUAUAAAGAAGAAGAGUAAGCGUAAUCGUACUGCUUAUACGACAGACCAACUGAAGUCCCUAGAAAAAGCAUUCGAAGUAAGAAAAUACAUAGAUGCAGAUCGUCGCAAGGAGCUCGCAAAGUAUUUGAACAUCGGUGAAAAAUGCGUCAAAGUUUGGUUUCAAAACAGGAGAAUGAAGGAGAAACGAGACAUUCUAGAAUCAAAUCCUGAUAGUUCGAGUGAAUACAUUUAUAAAACAGCAGCAACAAGCCCUUCAGUAGUUCAGAACACAUGCGAAGACCAAUACAUCCCAAAUAAUUACAUUCAUCCGAUUCCAACCAAAACUGACCCACAACUAUACUAUUAUCCAAUUGAACAAGACAUGAAAAAUUUGCAAUCGUCACAUGGGAUUGGUUAUCAGAAUUAUAACCCUGUUGAAUAUAUAAAUUAUAGUGUACCUUCGCACCCUAAUGACUAUUAUCAGAGUCAUACAAAUAUUAACCCUACACAAUACCCCUAUGCAACCAUACCCGAUUAUAUGUACACGAACACAAAUAACACUCAGUUUAUCCAAGAUCAAAUGAAUACAUUCUCUGAGGUCCCUAACUGGUCUAACAAUACGGAAUUAACUUAUUUUUAGAUUUUAAGUUUUAUUUGUCUACAUUGAUAGUCUAUAUCUGGGGGCACGGCAGUGCCCCCGCAAGUCGAACAAAAUUUAUGUUUAUAUUGUUUAAUAAAUUUUAUAAUGGACACUAUUUUUGUAAAUCAUCGAUCCUUUAUUAGUAAAUUAAAUUAAUAGUUAUAUAAUAUAUUAAUUAAGCUCAGUGAACUAUAAGAAAAAUACUAUGAUUUGUGUUAUUUAGUUAUCUUAUAUUAUAAAAAUUUCUAUCUUUAUUUGAAUUUGUUAUUAAUUA